GAGCUACAUGAACGACAGCGUAGCACACACCAUAGUACGGAGUAGUUUUUUUUCCUCAUGAGGAAGUAGACUGUACACAGCAUAAUUGCUUGGGCCUCCAAAUGAGCUUCAUCUUAGAUUGGGCUUGAAAUGCUUAGUAAGUUUGGGCCUCGAUAAACCCAACGCAAUUUUUUUUCUUCAAAAUAACCCAACGAAGCAGCGACAUCGUCGGCGGUCGGCUCCGGCAGCCACCGCGCGCCGUUCGCGACCAAACGUCUCGCUCUCGGCUGCCUCCGCCGCUCCGACCGUCUCCCCGCACCGUCCAAAACCCCACCGCUACCUCUCCGCCCCCUCCCCGCUAUGGUCUCCGCCUUGCCGUCGCUGUCGCCGAUGCCGCUGCGAUGGGUAGGCGAUCGGGCAGUGGUGGCAGCAAGCCGCCUCCCUUCCUCUCCUCCUCCUUCUCAUCUUUGUCGUCCAAGCGCUCCCGCCCCGUCCGCCGCCUCCCGUCCCUCCCCAAGCCGCCCCUCGCGCCGGCGGCGUCAUUCACCGGCAGGGGGAGGAAGAAGGCGCCCGCCAGGCUGUGGAUGAGGAUGGAUCGAUGGGGCGGCUGCGAGGUAUUCAUGUGCGACAAGGCCUUCGUCCCUGAACGCUCCGGCGUACACACGCGCGACCUCCGCGUCAUCUGCACCCUCCUGUCUCGCUCCCCCAGCAUCCUUGCUAGAGAAAAGCCUACAGUAAUCAAUAUAGAAUUCAUAAGAGCUAUUGUUACCUCUGAUGAAGUCCUGCUGCUGGAACCUCUUGCCCAGGUGGUUCUCCUUUUCAUGGAUAAAUUAAUGCGGCAUUUUCCAUUGAAGAGUCUGGUGGUUGUUAGCGCCAGACAUGUGGAUAAUCAGGAUGACAGGCAUGCUAAAACUGAUGCUGAGUCUGAGCUCCCUUUUGAGUUUCAGGUGUUGGAGCUGGCCCUGGAAGCUGUAUGCUUGCCAUUUAAGUCCAGCGUAUCUGAUCUUAAUAGGCAUGCCAUUUUUGUGCUGGAUGAAUUGACUAAGAAUGUGAGCACUAGGAAUCUUGAGCGUGUUCGGAGCCUGAAAAGAAAUCUCACUACUCUGCUUGCUGGUGUGCACAAGGUCAGAGAUGAGGUAGAGCAUCUUUUGGAUGACAAUGAAAACAUGACACAACUACACCUAUCGAGGAAGCAAAUAAAAAGUCAGCAGGAUGAAGCUCUACUGGCUUCUGCUGCUUCAAAUAGCAAUUUUCCUUCAGAAACAAGCCUGGCUGGACCAAACUCUAUUAUUAAGCAAAGGAUGGGCGUUUCUACGACUCUGCCAUUAGAUAGAGAUGGGGGGGGGGGGGGACCUAGAGAUGUUACUUGAAGCCUAUUUCAGGCAGCUGGAUGGAAUUCACAACAGAAUUACGUUGGUCGGUUCUUUCCUUCCCAA